AGGGGACACACUCAGCCUCCUAAGGUUUUUGGAAUCUAGGUUCGCUGUGAGCUAUAAACCUUCCGCUCCGUUUCCAGAUGCCGUGAGCCAGACAGGUUUUGGGUUUGCUGCCGUGAGAAUUUCACCCCUCACUUUAAAGGCGAUUGGUAAGCAGCAGCGCUCCUGCGGGCUCACCUGAGAGGUUGGCUUUCCCUUCAGGGGCGGGACGGCCUCCUGUCCAUCACAGAGAGCAAGAAUACACAAGGGCUCUACUCACAGCAUAAUCUGCCUCCCUCUGCCUUCCUGCGGUUCUUUUCGGAGGAGAGGAGGCAAGAUGAGCAUUUGCUCAGAAUCGAAACAAAACGGAAGCAACUUGCAAACGCAGUCGCAAAUCGUAGCGCUAAAUGUCGGCGGGGAGCUGUUCACAACCACGUUGAGCACUUUGAAGAAACAUCCUCAUUCCAAGCUGGCCGAGAUGUUCGCCCAGGACCAGCCAAAACCGCCAAUGGACUCCACGGGGAGGUACUUCAUAGAUCGGCCCGGGACUUAUUUUAAGUACAUUUUGGAAUACCUGCGCAGCGACCAGGUGCCCACACAGUGCAUCCAGGACGUAUACAAGGAAGCCUUGUUCUAUGACAUCGAGCCGUUGAUCAAAGAGUUGGAAGACUCCCCGCAGAUCUUUGGCGAGCAGGUAGCCAGGAAACAGUUCCUCUCCCAGGUGCCCCUCUACACGGAGAAUAUCGAACUCAUGGUCCGCAUUGCGCGGGCCGAGGCGAUGGCCUCCCGCCAGUCCAGCCUCAUGGUGUGUGUGGUGAAGACGGACGAAGACUUCGCCAAGUGUCAAGAUGUCCUCGCCAGCCUGGACGCGAACAAGAAGCUAGUGGUCAAGUUUGGCCCCUGGAAGGCCUCACCAAGUAUCCUUGACUUACUGGACUGCAUCAAGAUGGACUUGGAAGCCAAAGGCUACACGAUCUCCUUCCAGGUCUUCGCGCCGGAGAAGGGCUUCCGCUUCUCGGCCAAUUAUUACUUCUAUAAAUUUUUCUUCACUUGGUGGUAAGGGAAAGGUGGUGGCUUGGUCCCUUUUUAUCACUGGUGGAUUCUGCACAACAGAAAUAUCACGCCCUGCAGACGGUUUUAAAAGAUCCAUCUGGGCAUUUUGUGUUUAGAGCCAGCAUGGUGAAGUGGUUAAGAGCAGGUGCACUCUAAUCUGGA